AUGUUUUAUUACAAACUCAUUGUUCUCUCAUUUCUCACUACUCCUAUCAUUUGUUUCGUAAUCCGAUGGCUAUUAUUCAAAACCGGAUUAAUAUACGCCACGAAGAAACUUCAUAGAAAACUACAAGAUUGUUUCUACGUUUAUCAAUACCUUAAAGUCCCCGAGUUCAACGAAAACAUGCAACGAAACGAGUUAUAUCGUAAAGUUUCUCUCUAUUUACAUUCUCUUCCUUCUCUCGAAGAUUCUGAUUUCACAAACCUCAUUUCCGUUAACAACCAAAACGACAUCGUUUUAUCUCUAGACUCGAAUCAAAUCAUUGAAGACCGUUUUCUCGGUGCUAAUCUCUUCUGGUUCAACAAUAAAACCGAACCGGGUCAUCAAACCGAUGUUUUCCUUCUCAAGAUCAGAAAAACCGAUAAACGAAGAAUCCUCAGAAGCUAUCUCCAACAUAUUCACGAUGUCUCCGACGAUUUAGCGAAACGCAACUUACGCUUAUUCGCUAACAUCACCGGAGACAACGGAACCAAAACGAGAUGGAAAUCGGUUCCGUUUAAUCAUCCAGCAACGUUUGACACCAUGGCGAUGGAAAAUGAUCUCAAGAACAAAAUCAAAACCGAUCUCGAAUCGUUUCUCAAAGCGAAACCGUAUUACAGACGACUCGGCCGUGCCUGGAAACGGAACUUCUUGUUGUACGGUCCUUCCGGUACCGGUAAAUCGAGCUUUGUUGCUGCAAUGGCGAAUUUUCUUUUUUAUGAUGUAUAUGAUGUGGAUCUCUCUCAAGUUCAUGGAGAUUCGGAUUUGAAGUUUCUCUUACUCGGAACAACGCCGAAAUCGAUCAUACUAGUAGAGGAUCUCGACAGGUUUUUAUCAGAGGAAUCGGCGGUUACGGUGGCCGGAAUUCAGAAUUUCAUGGACGGAAUCUUGAGUUCGUGUUGCGGGGAGGAGAGGAUUCUGGUUUUCACGAUGACCAGUAAGGAAUGUGUUGACUCGGGUUUUCUCCGACCGGGCCGGGUCGACGUUCAUAUCCAUUUCUCAUGGUGUGAUUUCUCGUCGUUCAAGACGCUAGCGUGUAAUUACCUAGGAGUGAAGGACCACAAGCUGUUUCCGCAGGUGGAGGAGAUUUUCCGGCUCGGCGCGAGUUUAAGCGCGGCGGAGAUCAGCGAGUUGAUGAUUGCACACCGGAACUCGCCGAGUCGGGCUAUUAAAUCGGUUAUCGGGGCGUUACAAAUGGACGGUGAUGGGAGAGGUUUUGGGGAUGUGAUCGUACGGCAGAUAGAGGGUAAUGACGUGGAGGAAUCUCAGAAGCAAGGUUCUCGUUGUGGAGGGGACGGAUUCUCUACGGUUAAGGACUUGAGGAAAAUUUAUAGUUUGUUUAGAUUAAGGAAUGGGAAGAGAAAUCGAACUGCUAAUUUAGCACUCAAUGAUGAAGGAUGA